GCGACAACAGAGUCCGACUUGGCGCCAAGUAGCUGCGCGUUUUUGCUCUUUCUGUGACACCAAACGUGAAACUACGCUGCGGGGACGUGUUUACAAUGGACAUCCGGCGGUUCUUUGCGCCAUCGGCACACAAAGCGACAACUAAUGGAAACAUUGGAAGCACGAAGAGGAAUCCUCUUUCCUCAGACGAAGAGGUGAAAAAGAAGAGAGAGUCCAAGAUGAAAAAACAAGAAGCAGAAGUGAAACAUACGCGUGACCGAAAAAAAUGGAAAAAACGUGCCGUCAUAGACUCAGACUCUGACUCAGAGGAGCGAGACCGGAAGUCCAAGAAGUCGCCAGGGAAGAAACAGAAGCUGAGCAAGAAGAACGAGCCUGUUCACUGCGUCUUGGAAACAGACUCAGACAGUGACAGCUUUGAAUCCCUGAAGAAGGCCUCCAUAAACAAGCAAAAUGGGACCUCCCAAAAGAGCAGGUCGAGUCCAAGUGUGAAAGAGGCUGCAAAGUCCCUCAUCAAGUCGUCCUCUGUUCACUUGCAAAUUGGAGCCAAAUGUCCCAGCACGCCCGUCACGCCAAAGACGGCGCCGCCACCUCAGGCCAAACAAACCCCCACCUCUGUAUUUGACUACUUCGGCAACGGAAGCAUCCAGCGCUCGGACAAGAAGCUGGUCGCCAGCACGAAACGAAAGACCCCCGUCCAGGACACGGAUGAAGUGAGCGAUGAGCAGAUUGCUAGACAUCUGCAAAUGGUUGAGGAUGCUGAGCUGGAGAAGCAGAUCCACGAAGAUGAAGACUUUGGACGAACACUUGCCAUGCUGGACGCGGAACCACAUGCGAAGAAGGUGCGUAAAGGCUCGGACAAAAAAGAGGAUCUUGAGGCCUUCCCCAGGAAGAGGACUGCACUCAGCCGUUCAAAGGCCAACAGAAAUGACAGCACGUCAGAGGACGUCAGAGGUCCUUCGCCCAAGAAAAACCCUGCUCUAGUCAAACCCAGUUCCAAACUGGGGAUGAUGAAGAAAAGGGAUGAGGAACAAGAAGACGUGACCCCUGGCCAAGCACAGACACAUUUGAAAGUCUCGCCCAAAAAGGAGCCAAUCACAGUUUCAUGCCGAGAAAAGCUGCAGGCAUCCAAAAUAGGAGCUCCACUUAAAACAUCUCCCACUGAGGCAGCGAGCACAAGGACUGAUGAGGCAGAGAAGAAGAAGCUCAACACUUCGGCUUACCGGAAUUACCUCAACAGAGAUGGACCACGAGCACUGGGCUCCAAAGAAAUCCCCACGGGCGCAGAUAACUGUCUGGAGGGUUGCGCGUUUGUGCUGACGGGUGUUCUGGAGUCACUGGAGAGAGACGACACCAAAUCCCUCAUCGAGCGCCACGGCGGCAAAGUGACGGGCAACGUCAGCAAGAAGACCACCUACCUGGUGCGGGGCCGAGACAGCGGCGUCUCCAAGCUGGAGAAGGCGGAGAGUUUUGGUACCAAAAUCCUUAGUGAAGAUGAUCUGUUGGAGCUGAUUAGGACGAAGCCAGGGAAGAAAUCCAAGUAUGAGAUCGCUGCAGAGGCUGAGAGCAAAGCCUCUAAGACCAGGACUCCUCCGGGCCUGGCUUCAAAGAUCGCAUCUAAAGCUUCAAAGAUGUCUCCCUCCAAAGGCAACUCCAAAUCCCCUCACACGCCGAGUCCCUCCAAGACUGGACAGACAACCAGCCGCCGUGCCAAAACCACAGAUGGCGGAACCCCAUCCGGAAGAGGCUCCGUUCGUAGGGACUUGGGCCUUUCUUCGUCCGCCUCCUCCUCUGCUGGCCCACACCCAAGAACGAAAUCAGUAAAUGAGGAAGGUGCCACUCUGCUGUGGGUGGACAAAUACCGCCCGUGCUCGCUGAAGGCUGUGAUAGGGCAGCAAGGGGACCAGAGCUGCGCCAGUAAGCUGCUGCGCUGGCUGCAAAACUGGUACAAGCAUCACAGCGGCGGCGCCUCCAGACCACCAGUUGCCAGAUUUGGAAAGUUUGGGGCAGGAAAAGAUGACGGAUCCGGAUACAAAGCUGCUCUGCUCUCCGGACCACCGGGUGUGGGGAAGACCACUACGGCAGCGCUGGUCUGCGAGGAGUUGGGCUUCAGCUACGUGGAGAUGAAUGCGAGUUGCACACGCAGCAAAACCAACCUGAAGGAAGUGGUUGCAGAGUCCCUUAACAACACCAGCAUUGAGAGCUUCUACAAAGGCACUUCCCAGAAAGUCAGCACUAAACACGUCUUGAUCAUGGACGAGGUGGACGGCAUGGCGGGCAACGAGGAUCGUGGCGGCGUGCAGGAAUUGAUCGGCCUCAUCAAAACUUCCAAGAUUCCCAUCAUCUGCAUGUGCAACGAUCGGAACCACCAGAAGAUCAGAUCGUUGGCCAAUUACUGCUUUGAUCUGCGCUUUCAGAGGCCACGGAUGGAGCAGAUCAAGUCCGCUAUGAUGUCCAUCGCGUUCAAGGAAGGAAUCAAGAUGCCGCCUCCCGCACUUAACGAGAUUAUCUUGGCGGCCAAUCAAGACAUCAGACAGGUGAUCCAUAACCUCAGCAUGUGGUCGGCCAAAGACAAGGUGAUGACCUACGACCAGUGCAAGUCUGACGCCGCCGGCGCCCGCAAGGACCUGAAGAUGGGGCCCUUUGACGUCUGCCGGAAGGUGUUCGCCGCCGGCGAGGAGACGGCGCACAUGAGCCUCAUCGACAAGUCCGAUCUCUUCUUCCACGACUACUCGCUAGCGCCCCUCUUUGUCCAGGAGAAUUACCUUCACGUUCGGCCCGCCGCCGCCGGCGGCGACGUCAAGUCCCACCUCGUGCUGCUCAGCAAGACGGCCGACGCCAUCAGCGACGGAGACCUGGUGGACCGACGCAUCCGCUCUGGCCAGAACUGGUCUUUGCUGCCCACGCAGGCCAUCUACGCCAGUGUAAUCCCAGGCGAACUCAUGAGAGGUUACAUGAGUCAGUUCCCAUCUUUCCCGAGCUGGCUGGGCAAACAUUCGUCGGCGGGCAAACAUUCGCGCAUCAUCCAGGAGCUGGCAUCGCACAUGGCUUUGAAGACGAUGAGCGGCGGGCGGGCGGUCAACUUGGACUACCUGCACUUCCUGCGGCAGGCCCUGCUCAGCCCGCUCCAGAAACUGGCGGCGGAGGGCGCCGGUCGCGCCGUGCGGCUGCUGGACGAUUACCAGCUGGUCAGGGAGGACGUGGACGGCAUGAUGGAGAUGGCCUCGUGGGGCGGACGGCCUGACCCCUACUCCAAACUGGACUCCAAGGUGAAAGCAGCGUUCACGCGAGCGUACAACAAGGAGGUUCAUCUGACGCCGUACUCCCUGCAAGCCGUCAAGAAGGGGCGGCGCGCCGGCGGCCAAGAGUCCGAACUGGGAGCGCACGACGCCGAAAAGGACGGCGCGGCGUCCGACGACGAGGAAGGGGACGGCCUCAGCGCGGAUGCUAUGAUCAAACAGAAGAAGACCAAAGCCAGCAAGAAGGAGAAGAAAAAGUGACUGCUGUUCCAAAACCCAGCGCUGCGUCGUGCAUCCUGAACAUGACCACUUCCUGCCUGUUUUUCCAUUUUUAAAAACAUCAUGUCUGGAAAGUAUGGAACUGCUGCCUAAAGACUUGUACAACAUUGCAGUAACACUUGCAACUCAUCUUGUAAAUUGCUUUUUUUGUAAAAUAGAAAGAUGUGCCACUUGUGUUUUUUUUGUUUUUGUGUCUUCUUUAUAAAACACGGUUUGGUCA